CCUAUUACACUGACUUGGCCAGUGGACUCGAUCAGGUAGAUGGAGGAGAAAUGAAGGACCUGAUCAAGUCUAAGAGCUCUCAGUUUAGCGCAUGGAUCGGUCUGUUCAGAGACAGCUGGAGGUGGUCAGAUGGGAGUGAUUUCUCUUUCAGAUACUGGGAUAUGGAGUUAUUCAAUGAUGAACAAAGCAACAAGACAUGUGCUAUGACUCUGUUAAACAGAUCAGGAAAAUGGAGCUCUGAUGAAUGUGACAAAGAAAAACCCUUCUUCUGUUAUGAUGAUAAAUUGAUCCUGAUCAAAGAAAACAAGACCUGGGAGGAGGCCUUGGAUUACUGCAGAAGGCGUCACAGAGACCUGGUCUCCAUCACUAACCCUUACCAACAGAGAUGGGUGGAGGAGAGAGCCAAGAAUGCCUCGAGUCCUUUUGUCUGGCUCGGCCUGCGCUACUCCAGCACUCUGGAUCUGUGGUUCUGGGUCAAUGACCAGCUGGUCUGCUAUGAGAAGUGGAGCAAAAAUGGUACGACUGAAGAGUGUGACGUGGCUGUGGGCAUGCAGAGUGGAGGACAGCAUGAGUGGUUCAGUCAGAGAAAAAAUGAGACAUAUAAUUUUUUUUGUUUAAAAUAAGACUUCAUUUAGACUGCAUUACAGGCUUCAUUCUGGAGUGAAUUUCUUUGAUUCUGUAGUUUUCUGCUGUGUGAGGUUUUGGUGAUGGGAAAAUUUAAACUAAAAGAAAAACAAAAUCUAUAGUUUUAACCUGCAGAAUAUUGAUAAAAUCUGAUCUUCACUGAAGUAAAUAUAGUUUUCUCAUUUUCCUCUUGACCAUCUGAUUCAGUGAUGCCAUAAAUACUUACUUUCGUCAUUACUGAUGCAUUUUUGAUUAUUACACUUUUGUUGUUGGAUGUCAUAAACAAAGUUUUGGUUU